CAAGUGACAUUGACACUAAAGUGUCCUAUAUCAAAAAAAAAAUAUGAGGCUACUUUGAAAAUUGGUUCAAAAUAAACAAGUUGUUUGUUAGUUUUGAGUGUUUAGAAAGAUGCCCAAAGUUCGCCGAAGUAAGAAAUCGCCCCCGGAAGGUUGGGAACUCAUAGAGCCUACGUUGGACGAAUUGGAACAAAAGAUGCGAGAAGCCGAAACCGAAUCACAUGAAGGUAAAAGAAAAAACGAGUCCCUCUGGCCGAUAUUCAAAAUACACCAUCAAAAAUCGAGAUACAUCUAUGACCUGUUCUACAGAAGAAAAGCCAUAUCGAGGGAGUUGUAUGAAUACUGUCUAAACGAGAAUAUCGCCGACAAGAACCUGAUAGCGAAGUGGAAGAAGCAAGGAUAUGAAAACUUGUGCUGUUUGAGGUGUAUUCAGACACGCGAUACUAAUUUCGGGACCAAUUGCAUAUGUAGGGUACCCAAAGGGAAAUUAGAAGAGGGAAGGAUAGUUGAAUGCGUUCAUUGUGGAUGUCGCGGCUGUUCCGGAUGAAAUCCUACAUAAUAUUUUAAUUGUUAAUAAGUGUGUCCAUUGUGAAUGUGGUAAGGAAAAUAAUACGCAAACUAGAAAUAUUGA